UAAACAUUCAGUAUCGCGACAGCUUCAUCUUUGUCCUCCCAAGCCUAAAACUCCUAGAUAUUACCUAUCUUUCCCUCGGUUUUUGAUCGAAGAUCACUUCUUGAUAAGCCUCUAAUAUCACCACUGUAAACCCCACAAUGACUCAACUCGACAUCCCCUCGACCGCAUCUCUCAGAAUGGAAGUCCUCGCCAAGCACCAGAGAAUGCCUCUGCGCAUCCUCACCUUCAACGUUCGCUACGCAACAAACAAUCGCGAACAUAAUGAGAAACCCUGGGACGUGCGUCGGCCUAAGCUCAUCAAUCAAUUGAACUUCGUCACCGCCGGUCAUGAGAGCCCCUUCAUUUGCCUCCAGGAAUGUCUCAACCACCAAGUCAACGAGAUCCAGGAGGAUCUGGGCUCUCAUUGGAAACACAUUGGCCGUGGACGCGGAGAGAAACCCGAGGACGGAGAGUUUUCUCCUAUUUUCUAUCGCAACGAUGUAUGGAAGAACGUACGGAAGGAGGUCCGAUGGCUGAGCAAGACACCUGAGAAGCCCUCUCGCGGUUGGGAUGCAGUCCUGAACCGAAUCGUCACAAUGGGAGAAUUCGAACACCGAGUCACAGGUACCCGCGUCGUAGUAUUCAGCACACAUUUCGACCACAUCGGCGUCAAGGCCCGUCAGCACAGUGCCGAGCUCCUCAUCAAGUUCGCCAAAGAAUGGGGCCAAGCAGGCGACAAGAAGGCAUCGGCCGUGCUCAUCGGCGGCGACUUCAACAGCGAGCCCGAGGAUGGCGCGUACAAGACUAUCACGGCGUCUGGGUCAGGCAUCUCUGACGUGUCGGACCUGGUGCCCAAGCAUAAACACUACGGCAACGAAACUACGUACACGAGCUUCGGGGAGGGUUGGCAACCCUCGCGUAUCGACUUCCUGUUCAUCCAAGAGCCGAGAACAGCUCAUGUCAAUACUUUUGGGGUUCUAGCGAAUGGGUUUGAUGAUGGCGUUCGUGUUUCUGAUCACCGACCUGUCGUGUCAGACCUGGACAUUGUGGUUUGAUCGGGCACAGGGUUGUACUGUGCCCAACGUGAGUGCAGUCUGUGAUAAGUUGACAUAUGCUUCUUCAGACAAGUACAGAUUGUCAAUAGCUAAAUACCUCAAUUAUGGUGCAUGUAUGUUUAAUGAGGAUGCUGUGGCGCUGGCUUCACUGCAUACAUGCCAGCAAGACAGCAGAGACAUUAUUUGAACACCGUUGCCGUGGCCUUUAGAAUACUCAUACAAUAAGACUUGCCCCAC